UCACAAUUUUUAUCCCACACACUGUGCACAAAGAGAGAAGACGGUAAAAAGUGUUAAUUGUGCAGAUUUGCUCUGGAUUUUCCACCGCGAGUCGCAAAGAGAGAUUGCAAAGAGAUCAAGGAGGACACAAUCAGUGAUUGCGAGAGUGCAUAAUUUCUAUUGUGCGGGAAAGUGUGUGUGCUUUGGUUGUUGGUGAAGAAAGUUUUUUUUGUCAGAAAGUAGUCAAAAUGCGUAGUUUUUGGAUUUGUGGAGCCGUGACGACCCUGAUCUUGGCACAAGUUGUCCAGUGUCAGCAGCAGUUUAGUCUGCCGGAAGCUGAGGCGGACGACGAUGAGGCACUGGAUGAGGAGGGAAUUGACCUGUCGCCAUCGCCGGCCAGCAUUCAGUACCGGCUCCGGCCGUACGACUACAGUGACGAGGUGGAGGAUCAGCAGCAGCCCAUUCAUCAGACAAUCACCCAAGCGCCGCAGUUGAUUUACACGGCACAGCAGCAGAGGAGGACAUCGACACAGCCCAAUCCACACCCGCAUCCGCCUGCGCAGAAGGUGUACAAGAAGCUGGACAAGACGAAGCAGCAGCUGCUGCAGGAGGAGCUGGACAAUGAGGAGCCCGAUCGCCUGUCGCUGCUGUUGGAGAAGUCCAGCUUCAAGUGCAACGGACGCCUCACUGGCUACUAUGCCGACGAGACGCUGGGCUGUGAAGUCUUCCACUAUUGCCAAGACAACUCCAGACACUCGUGGAUCUGCCCUGAGGGCUUCACAUUCCACCAGGUCCAUCUGAUCUGUAUGCCCGCGUCUGCGGACAACAUCUGCGAGCAAUCCACCAAGUAUCACUUCGUCAAUGAAUAUCUGUACAAGCCCAUCAACAUGGAGGAACACCAAACGCGUCCCAAUGUCACGCUACGCUACUCCGAGCGCUACUAUCCCGAUGAGAUCUACCAGGAUGAGCGACAGGAGUACUACAACGAGAGGGUGUUUCCUGAGCGUCACCAGGACGUGCCACAGCAACAGAUUCAUUACACCAGACAACCAGUUCAAACUGUCCGCAAAGUGACUGUGCCCACGCCUCAGCCGUACAGACCACCAUCCUCCACUCCACACAACACCGUCUUCCGGUCGCCAGAGGAGAUCAACAUCUCGCUGCAGCAGAGACGGCCUCAGCAGCACAUCUUCCAGGCUCAGGCCACGUCCACGACGCCGCGCUACGACGAAGAUGACGACGAGGAGGAGUACAGCUAUGAGAGGAAGAAGUAGACAGCUUCAAGCAUUGCAAUCAUCUAAUUUAUUUGCUCAUAAGCCGCUUUU